AUGUCUGUCACAUAUAGUCCCGAUGACACUCUUAAUGAUGCCACCUGGGUUGCUGUCUUGCUGAGUGAACGUGAUGUCGCCGGCCAAAUCCCCAUCAAUUUCGUCACGAAUCCAGCUGUCUCACUAACCGCUGCUUGUUUUGGAGAUGGUCUUUACGAUAAAACUGCAGCUGCGAAAUGCAUAUCCAAUCUCCUGUCGGUCGGGUACCGACGGCUAAUACUUGACAUAUAUUGGUCGGUCGAAUACAGGACAUGGACGUUUUGCCCCGUCAACAUCCCCACCAAAGCCGAUGUUACAGUUUCUGCCUACACCUCGACAGUGAGCAGCUCCUCGACGACAUCGACGGUCACCUCCACGGCCACAACCACAACGACCGGUGCAGCGGACGCGGCAAUAACGGCAUAUGCAGAUUCGCAAAGCGACACGGUCUACGAGAUCGGGCCAUACAGAUGUACCAAUGAACUUGAUCUAUAUACAAUAUCCCAAAUCUUGGUUGGUUAUUUUCAGAGCACGACAUCAAGAGAAGAUACGUACACAACUUGGUUGACUCUGAAUCUUCAUGUCGCAAGAAGCGAUUCGGCACCCACAGAGCCUGCAUCUGCAGUGGUGGGGGAUGAUUUACCCAAGUCAAAUACGGAGCGAGCUGGCUCAUAUCUCGCAACUGAACUGGGGGAUUACAUAUAUACCCCAGUCCAACUGGCCAAGGAUCGAAGCAACCUGAACGAGUCUUGGUAUGAGGUUGAUGAGAGCUACAUGCCUAUCGUAGAGUACUACACCAUCCACACCGAUGCAUCGGGUCAACAGAGCACUCCCGACGGAUGGCCAUCCGCCAAAUACAUCCAACUUGCAAAAUCGGACCGUGUUUUGGUUGAGUAUGGGUCGGUAGAUUCCCAGCUGGCCAAUUAUGACUUGUCGCAAGAUGAAAAUGAUAUUUUUGCCCCUCAUUACAUGUCAGCUGGUGUGAAGAUCUCGGUUGCCGAUAACGGCACGGUAACAUCGGGUUGUUUGUAUGAACCGGGAGCUACCGAGGUAUCCCAGGCAAACUCGUCCUGGGCAAUUAGUCAAAUCCCCGUUGCGGAUGGACUAGCUGUGAAGAACACCAUGGAGUCUGUCGCUGAUGAUCUCGCUGGGGUCACAGCCUGCGGCAUGUCUCCAAUGCUAAACACAACUUUCUUUGGUCAAAGUGCCGAUACUAACAUUGAACAUUACCGAAAUGUAUCACUCUCAUCGGGAUGGGCCUGGGCAAUCGGUGAGCCCCAAGGUGCAGGUACCGGUGGUGGAACAGAUGGCGAGCCUGCAUUUGAUCGCUGUUCAAUCAUGGAUCUGUCACUCGAAGGCCGCUGGCGGGCUACCAACUGCACUGAAGAACGACGUGGUGCCUGCCGAAUAGGUAAUUCUCCGUUCUCGUGGACUGUAACCAAUGCAACGGCGGAAUACUCAGAAGUCUCAAAUUUCUGUCCACCAGGGUCCAGUCUCGCGGUCCCCCGAACUGGCCUCGAAAACACAUAUCUCUUUAAGCAACUCCUUUCUGAGUCUUCUACGGUUCUGGACUCGACGUCCUCGGACCCUGUCCUCCACGAAAUCUUUUUGGAUUUCAAUUCUAUUGAUAUCACUUCUUGCUGGGUCACUGGUGGGGCGCAGGCCACUUGUCCCUAUGCCAAUAAUCCACAGGAGCUGGAGCGCAAGACAGUGCUCGUGGCAGCUGUUGCUGGGGUUGUGAUCUGUGUCAUUUUUGCUUUGACUGUAUUUGUCAAGUGUAACACCAAUCGUCGGAAUUCUCGUCGUCGAAAGCGUGUCAUUGGGGGCUGGGAGUAUGAGGGCGUUCCAUCAUAA